UUCUCCUGUUGUCUCCCUUAAGGAGUAUAAGUAUGAUUUGUCCACAACUUCUUUUCCGAAUCCUAACUUUAUGCCGAAUACGGAGUUGAUAACCAAGAUUAUUUUAAGCAAAUUUUAAUAUAUAUUCUAUUUUUUUCUAGUAAAAUUCAAAUAGCAUGAAUAUAGUAAGAGGCGACUGCGAGUAGAGUCGCCUUCUUUUCCAUGUAUUUCCGGUGUUAUUUAUCGGCAAUUGGAAAUCGAGUAUAUUUCCUUUUAAGCAAUCGAGGUUUCUUGGGCGAUUAGAACCCUAAUUGCUUAAUUGCUUGAUUGCUUAUUUGCUUAAUUUUUAAAAUAGGGUUUUUAAUCUAAACCCUAAUUUAUAAAAAUUAAAACUAUCAGCUCAAUUUCUUUUAUUUUCUCAAGUUUCGUCAACGAUUAGAAUUUUGUUUGAAUAAAUUUAAAAUUGAUAAUGAUAUGGAAUCAGAAGAUGUAAUUCAGCUUCCUUUUUGUGGAGUUUCUGACACUGAGAUUGAUGGAGAUGAAACUAAUAACUUAGGCGAUGAAAUUGAUGAAGUGGGUGCUGAAACCAAUACACUGGAAAAUAUGGAGGGUGAUGCUGAAAUUGAAGAAGGUCAGCUUAUUUCGCCUACGGAAGUUGCUGGGAAUUUGAUUGGGGUUACUGAAACCAACAUAAGGGGUUAUGUGGCUUCUAAGUGUGAGAUUAAUGCUCAGAUUGAAGAAGGGCCACUUAUUUCUAAGAUGGUUAAUGAUGAAAAUGCUGUUGUUGAAAUGCCAUCUGAGAAUGGUUCUAUGUCAGGUGUUAAGAGAAUGAGGAUGACAUAUGAUGAUCAGCAACCAUCUGUCCAUGUCAAAUAUUUUUGUUUGUCAAGACAAAGCAAGCAGAAGCUUGAGGAGUUAUUACGGGAGUGGUCAGAGUGGCAUGUGAAAAAUUCUUCUAAAUCUGUGGAUGAAACUGGAGGAUCAGAAACUGGGGAAGGAACAUAUUUUCCAGCUUUGGAUAUUGGCACAGAAAAGACCUCUGCUGUGAGCUUCUGGAUGGAGAAUGACAAAUGGAAGCCAGAAAACAAGAAUUUUAUGCCUAUGGAGGAUGCUUCUGUGCCUCUUUAUGACCGUGGAUUUGCAUUGGACUCGUCUGAUGGACCAAGUAAUCUAGAGGGGGGAUUGGAGCUACUGGACGCUCCACGCUGUUUCAAUUGUGGUUCAUAUAGCCACUCUCUAAAGGAGUGCCCAAAGCCUCGAGAUAAUGCUGCAGUUAAUAACUCUCGCAAGCAGCUCAAAUCCAAACGUAAUCAGACCACUGGAAUGCGCAAUGCUACAAGAUAUUAUCAGGACUCCCCUGGAGGAAAGUAUGAAGGAUUAAGGCCUGGUAUUCUUGAUGCAGAAACAAGGCGACUCUUAGGUCUUGGGGAGUUUGAUCCACCUCCAUGGCUAAAUAGAAUGCGGGAAAUUGGUUAUCCUCCUGGAUAUCUAGUGCAAGAAGAUGAGAAUCUGCCUUCUGGAAUUACAAUAUUUGCCGAUGAGGAAACUGAAGUUAAAGAGGAUAAAGAGGACGGUGAAAUUCUCGAAGCAGAACUUGUUCAACCACCUCAGAAAAUGGGUGUAGAAUUUCCCGGUAUAAACGCACCAAUCCCAAAGGAUGCAGAUGAACGGCUUUGGUCUGCCAGAUCUUCAAAUCCUGAUCGCCAUCGAAAUACCGAUCAGUCCUAUUAUUCUUCAGAAUCUUACAACAGGGGACGCCAUCGGGAGCAUAGUAGCCGAGAUCUCAGGGAUGACGAUCCAUUUGGUUUUGAGAGACCAUCCAGAUCUUCACCAAGAUACAAUGAUCAUGAAUUUAGUUCCUCGUCCUACAGCUCUAGAAAAAUUGCUCCUGUUCCGAAGAGUCCUAUCUCCGGGAGGUCUCUGGGUGAUAGAGGUAGAGAUGAUCCCCUGGAUUCCGAAGAUUCUUCAGCGUACCGUUUAUACAGUUCCUAUUCAUAUAACUCGAGCAGACGUUUCUCAGAGCAUAACAGCGGUUCAGAUGGUAGCAGAAUCGAUCAUACGGAUUAUUCUUCGAGAGGUAGGGAUAGAGAUGAUAAUUAUCGCCGUCACAGCAUGCGAUGAGUAGCAUAACUUGCUGUUCUAUUUCAAAUUGUAUACGGUUUGGUGUCGGCUUAUUUUGGAGUAAAAAUAUUCCAUUGUAUUAUUGUAUGCAACUUCAUUUUCUCCUUUCCUUCCCAUGCGUUGUUUCAACUUCUCAUUUUUUUUUCUUCUUUCGGGUAUCAAAAACUCGAGUUUUUUUUCUUAAGCAAACCAAACGCAAUUUGAGACUGCAAACCAGACUGUAUUGCUAAAUUUCAAUUUGGUUAGCGAUUUAGACCAA